GUGUGUACUUAUUUCCUUAUGAUUCCUGGUCACUCCAGGUUUGUCAAAUUUUAAGAGGGGAAAUAUUAUAGAAUUUAUUAGAAGUAAACUGUUUUCCAAUUUGUAUGCUUAGCAUCUCAGAUUUUUUGUUCAGAUAUGCCUGUUCUAAACCAAAGCCAUGAAAAGAGGCUGUUUUGACUGGAGGAAAAAUUACAUGUACUACAUUUAUAAUAAUAAAACAAUUAAUAAAGGAGUCAAAUCUGCAUUAACACCGGAAAUUAACCAGUGCGUUAAGAGCCAGUGGGGUUGGAGUGUUGUUCCUUCAUCAAUGCUCCUUGUUGUAGAAUUAUGAUUAUUUAUGUGUUAUGCAGGUAGGAAGAAUCUCUCUUUAUCUGGUAGGGCAGAUGUUUGUGAAUAAUACAGUGAGCAGCGGUCUAAGCUGACAUCUCUUGUAUCAAAGAGACUUAAACAGAUGGUGUCCUUGACUCCUACAGGAAUAAGAGGCUAGAUUGUGCAUUUAUUUCAGUUCAUACUGGUGUGUACUGGUUUUGUACCAAAACGAUCACCUAUAUAUGUCUUAUGCCUCAAAAUCCUUUUCAGAGGAUAUGUGUAUAUAUAUAUAAAAUGUAUGAACUUUGGAUACUUGGGGCUCUUUUAGGGCAUUGAGGACAGAAUGUAAUAGCAAAUGUGUUGAAAAAAAAAUUAAAUGCACGUUACAGACAUAUAAAGCUGAUAUGAUCUUUCUAUAGUUUUGAAAUUGUUUUACAUAUAAAGUAUAAAAUGUUGGAGGUACCAGAGAAAACAUGCUAUACACUGAUAAAAAUGAUUUUGUGGUGAAGUAAAUACUACAGAAAAACAAAUGUAAUUUCUACAUUAAAUAAUUUAGUUCAGGCAAGAAUUUAAAUAGAGUAAAUUCAAUAUUAGUACUCAAUUUAAGCUUGUAGAAUUUAAAGUUUGAACUUAUAAGUAUAUUUUACUUGGAAUUGUUUGUUAUUUUUAGAAAUAUUGUUUAAGUAAAUAUCACCGUCAUGAUCCCGUUGUUCCCAUCAUGCACUUGGGCAUGAAUAAUUAAUAAGGUGUUUUCUUUUUUUUUUUGCUGUUUUCGAGAUGUAUUUACACUGUUUUGUGGUUGCUUUUGUUGUUAGGUUAAGUAACUUGCUGUUUUGUGACAUCUGGAGUUAAUUUUUUUACUCAAAAUGACCCAUUCAUACUCAAACAUUAUUCACUGAUUGUCACCGUCAUUGUGUAUCAUGUACCAAGUAUUCAGGUCUCUGUGUUCAUUCAGUUAAUAACUAUAUUGAGUCAACAUAUUACCUUAAAAUGAAUAACGAGCAGUCUACUUGCUUACAUACGUGCAUGUAACUUAACCACAUGCUUUAUAGGCAUUUUUAUUAUUUUCAGUGCUAUGUUGCUUGAGUAAAGUUUACAAACCCUGACUGAAUGAAAUGUACUUGAGUGUUGUAGGGUAAACUUGAAAUAAUUAAGUAGAAAUUACUCAUCAAACUCUACCUGAUCACGUUAAAUUUACUUAUUUCCUUUACUAAUUUUAGAUAACUUAGUUAAGUAGAUUUUACUUAAUUCCUUAUUUAAAUUUUACUUUAAAAAUAUUCGUGCAAAAACUUGCAAAAGAAAAAUUAAGUAAAUUUAACUUCUUAUUUUUUUCAGUGUACAAAGCAAUGCAUCUUAGCUUGAAAAUCAACAUGGUUUGCUCUGUAUGCCCUCAUACUUGGUACUGAUCGUAAAUCUUUGAGAAAUCUUCACCUUCAAUUUAUUGAUAUGUUAAGCUAUAUACACUGAUAAAUUGUUUGAGCUUAUAUGAAUACUGAUAGUCAAUUUUCAAGUAAAAAAAAAAAAAGAUAAAUUCAAGCCUAUAAUUCGUCUUAUCUGCAAUGAAUACAAGAAACUGGAUGACAGAUGUCUUACCGAUUUUUUUUUUCUAUUCAGAGCAACUAGCAAUAGCUUAAUUUGACAAAUUUGUUGUAUUUUGUGCAUUGCACAGAUUAACUUGUAAAUUCAGUACCAUUAUACAAAUGCACAUAUUUAAUAACAUUCUAGACAUUUUUCAAGUCUUGUGAACAGGUGAACUCAUUCUUAUUAAUAAUUCCUCAUUAAAAUAUAGGAUACAGGGUGCAAAAUAUUUCACCUUAGGUUGUAUAUAUAUAUGGAAUAUAUACUGUAUAUUGAAAAUAUAAAAAAUCUAUUGUAAUGAAAGCUGAUGUUGGGCAAAAAAAAAAAAAAAAAAAAAAUUACAUUUACUGCUUUGAUGAUUUGGUGCAUAUCACCUUUUUAUUUUAAUGUUUUGAUUUGCAAAUUUGUCAGAGGCUCUAAACCCCUCCACCACUCUAAGGAAUAAAGCAAAGGGAACUCCUCACCAUAACAGAUACAAUAUAAAGGAUGAUGGGAUGGUAUCUAUAGUUUCAGCAUAGCAAUAGAACAGCCAACUGAAUGCACUGCCCAUGAAUAAAUCAUUAUCAGUAUAGGCAGUAUAAGACAAGAAAAUCUUGAAAUACAAACAAUGAGCAAUACGACAUACAUUGCAGCGCAUCUAGAUCUACCUUUUCUAACAGUCUAUAGGAUAAACACAACCUCUCAGAUGUAUAUAUAUAUAUAUAUAUAUAAAAAGGAGUUAGUGUAUCACAUCCCGACAUCAACAAAUAUUAGUAUUGUGAUAAAUAUUUGUUUUGCCUUAUAUACAGUUUAAGGGGGAUUGAUUAAAAAAUAAUAGUUGAAAGUAAUUGGUUACCAUCGACGAAUCAAAUUAAACUGUAAUACAGCUUUUAUAUAUUUCUCAUAAGCUGAUGUAUUCAGUGAUCAAAGAAUGUUUUGGAUAUACCAAUGAAAGAUGUAUGCAUGCGUUCUUACAGCGAUCUGACAGCACAGUUCACACAGUCACAUACUGACUAACAUUACUUGAGAUGAAAUACUAACUGGUGAAGUCAAAACAGUGAUACACUUUGGUAUUUAUCUGUCACUACGGCUUGAGACAGACAGGGAGAGAAUAUUUUUUCUGCAUGGGUUCCUUCGCUGAGAGGCUGAGACCAUCUCCCUCGGGAUCCCAUCAGAUGGGGGGACUGUGCGAGGAGACAUGUCUAUGUGCAUGCGUGAAGAGCGAGAGAGAGCUAGAGCGAGGGAAAGAGCAUGUGUGUGCACACAGAAAGGAAAGGGGCAGAGUGUGAGUGGGAGCGCAGAUGAUGCUGUUCGUGGAAGGAGAUGGUGCUGGUUUUGGCUUUCCUUCCUGUGCUACAAGAUUUUCCCCACUAAGGUUUGACCUCUGCGUCCUGUCAGUUUGUCACCUCAGCUUCCCGGGUAAGAGCUGUUCGUUAUUUGCGACUGGAAUCAGAGAAGGUUGCUGUAAGCAUUCCUAAUUUUCUGUGUUGUGUGUGUGUGCGUGUCGUGUCGUAUGUGCAGAGAAACACAGAACGACAAAGGGAAGGGAGGAGGGAGGUACAGGCAGAGGAUAUCAUGUGUGCGCUAUAACUAAGGACAAGGAGCAGACAGAGUUGGAGAACGGGGGAAAUAAGACACAAGGCAGAAGCUGCAGACACCGUCCCUUUAUUGGCCAGAACCAGCAACAAAGACAAAAGAGGUGAAGCCUCUGAAGCCGAGACUCAGCCUCGUUAUUCCUCGGAUUCCAUGUGCCACUGGCAUUGCAUCGAGGGCGAAUAGGAUGUCUGUGUCUGGAAAAAAGGAGUUUGACGUGAAGCAGAUCCUCAGGCUCCGCUGGCGCUGGUUCAGCCACAGCACUCAGACCUCAGCUGGGAAUGGGGGCUACAUCCAACAGGAAGGUUUCGACCACAGGGGAACACCGGUCCGGCUGAAGAGUCACUCCCGGGACAGAGGAGGACUCCGCAAGAACAACAGCCCCGUGCACAGCAUUCUGGCACCGAACCCUGGACCCACGCCUGUUUACGUCAGGCCAGGCGAUCAAUCAUGGCACCAGCAAAACAUCAUCCAGCACCUCCAAGCCAGCGAGGAGCUUCCCAAGAGCAACUCACCUUGCAGUGCCAGGAAAGAGGAGGCGAAGAGCAGCCAUGAGGAUGUGAAGAGCAAUCCGGAGGAUCCCUGUGAGGAGGAAGCCACAGACAGGUUGGCUUUGAGCAGUUUCUCUAGGAUGAGCUCCAACUGCUCAGAUGAGUUUUUCCAGGCCACAAACCAUGCGGAACAGACCUUUCGAAAGAUGGAGACCUAUCUUCAGCACAAGCAGCUGUGUGAUGUACUUUUGAUAGCUGGAGAUCACAAGAUCCCCGCACACAGACUUGUCCUGAGCGCAGUUUCAGACUACUUUGCUGCCAUGUUCACCAAUGAUGUGAGGGAGGCAAAACAAGAGGAAAUUAAAAUGGAGGGUGUUGAUCCUGAGGCGUUGCGAGCGCUGGUUCAUUUUGCAUAUACUGGAGUCCUGGAGCUAAAAGAGGAGACAAUCGAAAGUCUUUUAGCUGCUGCUUGUCUCCUCCAGCUCUCACAAGUUAUUCAGGUCUGCUGUAACUUUCUGAUGAAACAACUGCACCCAUCCAACUGCCUGGGGAUCCGUUCGUUUGCUGAUGCUCAGGGAUGCAUGGAUCUUUUGAACGUCGCUCACAACUACACUAUGGAACACUUUCUAGAGGUAAUUCAGAAUCAAGAGUUCCUCUUGCUGCCCACAACAGAAAUUAUCAAGCUUUUGGCCAGUGAUGACAUUAAUGUUCCAGAUGAAGAAACGAUUUUCCAAGCACUGAUGAUGUGGGUUCGCUAUGAUGUGCAGCAUCGGCAACAGGAUCUGGGAGUGUUGCUGGCGUAUAUUCGACUUCCUCUUUUACCACCACAGCUUCUUGCUGAUCUGGAAAACAAUAAGAUGUUUUCAGAAGACCUGGAAUGCCAGAAGCUCCUGAUGGAAGCCAUGAAGUACCAUCUUUUGCCAGAGCGCCGUCCCAUGCUACAGAGCCCAAGAACGAAACCACGGAAAUCCACUGUUGGAUCGCUCUAUGCUGUUGGACAGGGGUCUACAACAAUAGAGAAAUACGACCUUCGCACAAACAGAUGGAUCCAAGUUGGUAGCAUGAAUGGGCGAAGACUUCAGUUCGGGGUGGCAGUGAUCGAUAACAAGCUCUAUGUGGUUGGAGGAAGGGAUGGACUCAAGACCUCUAACAUGGUGGAGUGCUACAACCCAAUCACUAAAGUGUGGUCCACCAUGCCGCCAAUGUCAACCCACAGACACGGAUUAGGAAUUGCUGUGCUGGAGGGGCCCAUGUAUGCAGUAGGAGGCCAUGACGGAUGGAGCUAUUUGAACACAGUAGAAAGGUGGGACCCCCAGGCGAGGCAGUGGAAUUACGUGGCCAGUAUGUCCACACCGCGCAGCACCGUCGGAGUCACUGCUCUCAAUGGAAAGUUGUUCGCUGUUGGCGGUCGUGAUGGAAGCUCGUGUCUGCGAUCGAUGGAAUGUUUUGAUCCUCACACCAAUAAAUGGAGUAUGUGUGCACCCAUGUCAAAGAGGAGAGGAGGAGUGGGCGUGGCCACAUAUAACAGUUUCUUGUAUGCAGUCGGAGGACAUGAUGCACCAGCUUCAAACCAUUGUUCACGUCUCUCUGACUGUGUGGAGAGGUAUGACCCCAAAACAGACACAUGGACCACAGUGUCCUCUCUGAGUGUCCCCCGGGAUGCAGUGGGGGUGUGUCUGCUGGGAGACAGGUUAUAUGCGGUCGGAGGAUAUGAUGGUCAGACCUACUUAAACAGUGUCGAGUCCUAUGAUGCACAGAACAAUGAAUGGACUGAGGAGGUCCCUCUAAACAUUGGGAGGGCGGGGGCAUGUGUGGUGGUCGUGAAACUGCCUUGAAGGCUCAGAGUCCCUGAACUGUGACCUCAAGGAGAGGCCUGCGAUGUCAACUCUUGGAAUGCUCUUUUCACGUAGUACACAAAGCUAUCGUCAACACUGGAUUCAUCUCAACAGAUUUAGACAGCCGUGUGCCAUUCAUUCUGUUUUCGCUCAGAUAUUCAGCACUAUUACAGACUGGAAUAAAAGGGAAAAAAAAAUAAUGCUUAUAAGAUUUUACUUAAUUAUGCUGUAUGAAACAUUUUAUAUUAAAAGAAUACUUUUGAAAAUGCAUACAGACAGAAUUUGAGUUAGAAUUUUUCAUGUGAAUAUUUACAUCGUUAACCUCAUCACAUUUUUGACAUUUAUUAUAUCUUUUAACUAUAUGAAAAUCAAAUGUAAUUUUAAAGACAGCAGCAUACUUGUUUACUUGUGAAAUUUUGUGGAAAAUGUAUUUUGAUCUUAGAUAAACAAUUUUAAAAGACCACUGUGAAUACUUCCAGCUGUACGCUUGCAACAAAACACUGGUUUACCCAAAAUGUUUGUGGACACAGACUCAUGCAGUUCUCAUCUGAAUAGAUUUUUUUGGUCUGAGACUAGGUUCAGCACGAAAUUACUUUAAGAAACUGUCUCUGAAGUAGAAAAAAAUAAAAACAAAUAAAAACUACCAAAGUAAUUAGCACGUAUCGGUAAGUCAUCAUUAAAAUGGUAAUAAGGUUUACAGUAGAAAAUAUACUAUUAUAUCAUAUUGAUAUUUCACCUUUAUGUAUAUAGUCCCUGGUCCUGUGUAAUUUAUUCUCAUAAUGUACUGGCAUGCUACUUCUAUGUUUGAAUGCCAUUAUUAAAUAUUUUAAAGACCCUGUGAAAUCACCUGAUGAACCAGAAUCUGGGGUGGGAUGUAUCAAAGGGCUCAUCCCUUUUUUUCAUAUCAAUAGGCUAUAGCUGUGUCACAGCCAUGCAAAUUUAAAUCUUAAGUCUAUAAUAGAGCUCCAUGAUUGUUUUGUUUAAAAACAGAGUUCACGAUUCUCCCGUGAUUCUGAAUAGACAGCUACAACAAAAUGACACGUAACUUGUUAGUAGUGUUAACAAAAUGUUGAUUACUGCAGUCUAUUUAAAAAAAAACUAAAGUUUUUUUCCAGUUUGAAUGACUGAUUCAGUGUCUCACUCAAAAUAUUCACUUGUUCCAUUAUUAAAUGAAUCAAUAUUUUUGAACGAAUCUCUUGAAUGAAUGAAUCAAGGCUGAAUACAUUUUUAACAGUCACUUGUCGCCACCUACUGGUAUAAUGAUGUAAUAAUACAAUAUUUAUUUAAAAUGUCAAGUUAUUUUCAAAAGAUGAUUAACUCUAUUUUGAACGCUAGGCAUCAGUGUUUAUAUCCAAAAAAUAAACUUUUAUCCUAGUUCUUAUGUGAUAAUUAGAAUGUUUGUAACGAAAAAAAAAAAAAGAUACUGUGUGGUUUAAAAGACUUUGUGAAGCUGUUUCAUACUUUUACAUAUAACUGCUCUCUCUGAGUGUUAGAAACGAGAUCACAGUAUUUUAACAAUUAAUUGUGCAGCUCUAGUGUAUAUCUACUAAAAUAUAUAUAUUUUUUGUUUGUGUUUACAAGUAAGCUAGCAUAAGAUGAGGUAAUUUCACAGGGUCUUUAAUCAUGAUGUCAAAGUCUGUCAUUAAAACUGUUAUCUGAAUUCUUUCUUUGUGAUGUACUGAUAUUCAUUUGUUUUUUGACUGCCAUAAACAUGUUUCAUUGAUGAGCCCCCAUUACCUGUUUGACUUAACUGGAAUGUAACACGCUGAAAUCAAGAAUAAGUUUACUAGUGUGAUACAUUUGUAAUACAGAAAUGCUUUCAUUGAAUUUUUCAUUGUUUUAUAUAUGGCAUGCUGAAGAAACUUAGAAAUAAAAAGCUAUUCUUUUUCUGAGUA